CAGGACCUUAGCAUAUAUAAUCGCGUCCGCGACCCCUUGCGACAGAUUCGCACGGACUGCCGAAACGGAAGGAUACCACUAUGAAACUGUUACUCGCCUUCCUCGCCGUUCUGGCGAUUUCGUACGCCGAUGAAGAAGGCGCGGCAAGUCUAAUCGAAGACUCUGAAGCUGUCGCUUCAGUGGAACUUCUAAAAACUUCAGCAGACACCAAAGCGGCAGCCAACUACGUGUCUCCCAGCCAAAGGCCUCCUCGCGGCUGGAAUGCCCCCCAGAUCGGUCAGCAGAACAACUGGAACCAGCCUCAAACCUGGGCUCCACCUUCAACAGCCGGAUGGACCCAGCCGGCUAGCAACUACUGGAACCAAAAUCAGAACCAGUACGGACAGUGGCCGGCUCCCGACUGGAAACCAGAGGGCAAUGUCUGGAACCAGAACCAGUGGACUACCCCACCUACUUGGACCGCGGCCCCGAGCUGGAGCCCUCCUAGCUACGUCCCUGGGUGGCAGAACCCGACCAAGCCCCCGGUACAGCAGGACCAGCCCUGGACGCACCCUCAGCAGACCACCACACCUGUCGCUGUGAUAAAGAACGACCAGUACUAUGGAGACAACGGCAGCUACAAAUAUGAAUACCAGAUUGCCGACGGCACCCACGUUGGAGAAGAAGGUUACCUGCUGAACCCGAAUACGGACCACGAGAGCCUGGUCAAGAAGGGCUGGUACUCAUACGUCGGCGCUGAUGGCAAGACCUACACUGUGACCUGGUGGGCUGAUGCCAGCGGGUUCCACGCGUCUGGCGACCAUUUGCCUACUCCACCACCGGUUCCAGCUGCGAUCCAAGCUGCCAUCGACCAAGCUGCAAAGGAGGAGGCUGCUAAACUCGAAGCCGAAAAGUACAAACCGCAACAGACUUAUCAUCCUCAGCCAACAUACCCUCAACAAACUUACCCUCAACAGACUUACCCUCAACAGACCUACCCUCAACAGACCUACCCCCAACAGACAUACCCUCAACAAACGUACCCCCAACAGACAUACCCUCAACAGACCUACCCCCAACAGCCACAAGGUGGCUACCACCCGCAGCAUACUAAACCAACUUACGGUUAGGUAAACAAAUUAUUACCAUAUUUUAAAGUAAUUUAUGUAGAAGUUUUGUCGUUGUAUGUUAUACAUUGAGGAGAGCAUUUCAGCGUAGAUUUACAUGAUCAUAUCUCUAGGUACUCAUUGGGGAUAUAUGAGAAGUUGUAUGUACAAAUUAAUCAUGUACCUACCGUGAUCGUGUAACGUUGUUAACCAGUACAAAAGGCCGAAGUAUAUUGCAAACGUAUUUUUUUCUCCUUACUAAGGCAGAAAACCUGGUUUUACAAUUCAUAUAACGUGGAACAUUGUAUAUUUUCCGACAGACAAGUCAAAUAUAGAAAUAAUAACGGUAAGUUUUCAGACCGUUAUGAGCCCUUUUAAAACAGACAUACAGACGGACAGAGUCGCACCAUAAGGCACUGGUCCCACCGCGAGCUAGGUAGCUAUGAGCUAUCGGCUAUAAAAACGAACAAAAGAUAGUCGCUCCCGUGC